AUGGCUGAAAAUCUUUCUGCACUUUUCACAAAUAGUACUAACCGGUCCAUUUCUGGCACCUCUGCACCUAACCCUUCGAUCUACAUUUUCACGCCAGCAGGCUCCACGAUAAAACAGGCACUGGUAUUCUCAAUGGUGACUGUGGCUCUUAUCGGAUUUGUUGGAGGAAGCUUAAUCUUACAUUUUCUUUCUCAGAACAAACAACCCAUUGAAAUACAAUCAAGCCGCUUUAUAAAAAAUCUAAAUCUGUACAUAAAGAGCUUGGCUCUCUCUGACAUUUUAUCCACUUUGGUAUCUCUUCCUUUGACAUGUAUCCAAAUAUCUUUUGACCUCUUUCAAACACACUGGGCCUGUAAAAUAGUUCGUUACUUUAACAUUGUUUUUCCGGUCAUUACUAUUUGCAACUUAGUCGUAAUAGGAAUUGAAAAGCACCUUUCGUUGAGGAGAGUGCCACGGACCUUGAGCGCUACAGCGGUUCGCAAGUUGAUCUUCCUUGCUUGGUUUGCUGGAUUUGCAGUAGUUCUGCUUCCUGCUACGACAUUUACUGGAAUAAGGCACGAUUUGAAUGAAACACAUUUUACAGUGAUUUGUAAGUACGAUACAGAGUACUUGCCUGCUCGAAUUGCCUUUGUAUCAUUUACUGCACUUGUGUAUUACCUUCCGGGCAUUUUUCUGAUCGUAGUGAACACUUUACUGGUUCGAAAGGUACACCUACGGCUAAAAGUGAACAUGAUGGUCUCUAUUCAGGUGGACAACUCCAAGCAGGCAAAACUAAGGGCAGCCAAAAUUCGGGGAACUGUUCUCCUCACAACAAUGACGUUCGCUUUUAUAAUUCCAUAUUUCGGUUACAUGGGCUACGCUGCAUAUAACAUGAUUGCAAAACCCGAUAUUGACUUUCAGACUGAUUACGUCAUUCGCUUUUCAAGUGGUGUGAUAGCAUUUUCCAAUAGCGCAGUAAAUUUUGUGAUCUACGUAGUGCAGAUGAGGGGUUUCAGGAUUUUUCUAAAGAAACUUGUGUGUAGUGCGCGUCCAGCAGUCAUACCAGAACAAUUUGACAAUGCUGCCAAGCCGGGAACUCGACCGGGGACAACGGCAUAUUGUGCACAGGUUAUUGAAAUGGCUGAACUGCCAACACACUGA